AGUGUGAGUGAGGGUGAUAAUGAUGGGGAUAAAACGAAGAAUGCUGAUGUAGAGGAGGAGGAGAGUGAUGUUGAUGAACAAUGGCCACUGGAAGAGGAGAAACCCAAUGAGGGUGGGGCAGUAAUAGUGGAGGAAGUAGAAAGACAUCGGGUUGAAGAUCAAUUGGAAGUUGAAGAUGAGAUUAGUCAAAUAGAGUCUUUUGAAUUCUCUAACUCGUUCGCAUUCACAAAAUUUUUGAAGGCUGUAGCUUACUGGAAAAUGGGUAUUUUCUCCGCGGAGGAACAGAGACAACAGCAUCUUGCCUUUGUCAAAUAUUAUGGGACCAAUACUCAGAAGCGAAUGAUGGAGGCGGUUGAACUAUUUAGAAAGUACAAGUAUAUUUUUCCAGGUUUAGAGCAUAAUAAUUCAUGUAUCUCUGCGUCAGAUAAUAAGGAAUGUAGGUUUAAUACAAGUAUACAAGAAGUGGUUCAGCUACUGAACCAGCAUGAAGGUGUCCGGGUAUUGUAA